GUCCAUACUCUUCAGAGGAGGACUGCUGUUUACACUGUCCCACGAGUCUGACCGUAGGAGCCUCUGCGAGCGUUCACAGCGCACAGGAGAAGGAGGAAGCGCGGUGAAAGCAGCGGUUUGACGGGACCAGUCAGGCAGCGAACUGCACCGCUACAACCUUUCCGAAACUCCCCCUGCAAGUACGCGCUGUUUCCCGGGUCACCUGCGCCGCAACCCCGCGCGCCUCCCCACGGAACCACGAGCGGAUAAGCGGUUCGAGAGAGCGAGGAGCGUGCGCAAAGUUCGCCGGAGAGUGAGUGUUAUCGCUUGCACAGGUAGUUGUCCACAGUCCGAGCAUGGCAGACUCCGCGGCGGGCAACAGCGACGGCGAGGACGGACCGCAGCAGCCGGCGAGGGGCUUCGCGCGCCAAGGUGCCCUGCGUCAGAAGAACGUGCACGAGGUGAAGGACCACAAGUUCAUCGCGCGGUUCUUCAAGCAGCCCACGUUCUGCAGCCAUUGCACGGACUUCAUCUGGGGUUUCGGCAAGCAGGGAUUCCAGUGUCAAGUGUGUUGCUUCGUGGUACACAAACGCUGCCAUGAGUUCGUCACCUUCUCCUGUCCGGGCGCUGACAAGGGGCCGGCCUCAGAUGACCCACGAGCCAAGCACAAGUUCAAGAUCCACACCUACUCCAGCCCGACCUUCUGCGACCACUGCGGCUCUCUGCUGUACGGCCUCAUCCACCAGGGCAUGAGAUGUGACCACUGUAUGAUGAACAUCCACAAGCGCUGCGUGGCCAACGUGCCCAGCCUGUGCGGCACCGACCACACGGAGAGGAGAGGACGCAUCCAGAUCACAGCCGAUAUCAAGACCAACGUGCUCACCGUCACCAUCAAAGAGGCGAGGAACCUGGUGCCCAUGGAUCCGAACGGCCUUUCAGAUCCUUACGUGAAGCUAAAGCUGAUCCCAGACCCGCGCAACGAGACCAAGCAGAAGACCAAGACCGUCAAGUGCUGCCUCAACCCCACCUUUAACGAGACCUUUAAGUUCCAUCUGAAAGAACAUGACAAGGACCGGCGCCUGUCUGUGGAGGUGUGGGACUGGGACCUGACCAGCCGUAACGAUUUCAUGGGCUCGCUGUCCUUCGGCAUCUCCGAGCUCCACAAGCAAGGCGUGGACGGAUGGUUCAAGCUGCUGUCCCAAGAAGAGGGCGAGUACUUCAACGUCCCAGUGGCUCCUGAGGGGGAGGAGGCCAAUGAGGAGCUUCGCCAGAGGUUUGAGAGAGCUAAGAUUGGUCCAGGCAAGAACACAGACGGGAAGGCAGCCAACGCAGCAUCUCGGUUUGACUCCAACGGAAACCAGGACCGAGUGAAGCUGUCCGACUUCAACUUCCUGAUGGUGCUGGGGAAGGGGAGCUUCGGCAAGGUGAUGCUGGCUGAGCGGAAGGGCACAGAGGAGCUGUUUGCUAUAAAGAUCCUGAAGAAGGACGUGGUGAUCCAGGAUGAUGACGUGGAGUGCACCAUGGUGGAGAAGAGGGUCCUGGCUCUGUCCGGGAAGCCUCCAUUCCUCACACAGCUGCACUCCACCUUUCAGACCAUGGAUCGGCUGUAUUUUGUCAUGGAGUACAUCAACGGAGGAGAUCUCAUGUAUCAGAUCCAGCAGGUCGGCAAGUUCAAAGAGCCACAUGCAGUGUUCUACGCCGCCGAGAUAGCCAUCGGUCUGUUCUUCCUGCAUUCAAAGGGCAUCAUCUACAGAGACUUGAAGCUGGACAAUGUGAUGCUGGAUUGCGAGGGCCACAUUAAAAUCGCAGACUUCGGGAUGUGUAAAGAAAACAUGGCCGAUGGAAUCACCACCAAAACCUUUUGCGGGACACCGGACUACAUCGCCCCAGAGAUCAUCGCUUAUCAGCCCUAUGGUAAAUCUGUGGACUGGUGGGCCUUUGGAGUGCUGCUGUAUGAGAUGCUGGCUGGGCAGCCUCCAUUUGACGGAGAAGACGAGGACGAGCUGUUCCAGUCCAUCAUGGAACAUCACGUGUCCUACCCCAAAUCCAUGUCCAAGGAAGCGGUGGCCAUCUGUAAAGGGCUGAUGACGAAGCACCCUGCGAAGCGCCUGGGCUGCAGUCCCGAGGGGGAGCGUGAUAUCCGAGAGCACAGCUUCUUCCGCUACAUGGACUGGGAGAAACUGGAGAACAAGGAAGUGCAGCCGCCAUUCAAACCAAGAGCCUGUGGACGCGAGGCGGAGAACUUUGACCGCUUUUUUACCCGCCACCCGCCCGUGCUGACCCCACCCGACGAGGAGGUCAUUCAGAACCUGGACCAGGACGAGUUUCAGGGCUUCUCCUUUAUCAACCCUGAGUUCCCCGGAGCCACUCCCCCCGUCAGUGGCCUCGAGCAGGCCUGAGAGGGGCCCAGCGGACACUCUCGCACAUGCAUUCACGCUCAUACAAAUAACAAUACUGUACCAUAUACAAAGGCAUGUUUUUCACUAUUUAGAGGUGUGUCUAUGGCUGAAUCAACUUGAAUACCUUGAUACCGCAACAUAUCUCUGUUUGCUCUGAAACUUACAUCAACAUCGACGUCAGCCUUGUUUCCAAACUUUAUUACAAAUCAUGUUCAAAUAUAUAUAGUAAGUUUUGUAUGGUUAAAGGGACGGUCUAGAAUUUUGGACAUAGGUCCUAAUUUCCUAGUGAGCCAGAGUGUUGGAGACACUUUUUUUAAAUAUUCCAUCCAGUCCUUGUAUUUGCAGAGGUCGCUGGUGCUAGGCUAGUGCAUGUCAACGGCCAUAGUUAUCCUGCCACCUUACCCACUCCACAAAACACCUGAAACAAAUCUAUUAUUACGCCAGACUGUCGAUAUAAAUGUCUGUGAAGAGAGAAAAAUGUUUGAAAUAAAACUAACCUUGCAUCGCAUGAAUCGUCGCACGUUGAGGGACUAUUUUCUCAUAUAUCAGUCCGCUGCUGCCACGUUUUCUCUCAGGAAGUACAACUCGCUGCUGCUACUCAGACAUCCUUCAAAUGCAGGGUUAGUUUUACCUCAAACAUUCUAUCAACACAGACAUUCACAUCGAACAGUCUGGCUUACUAAUAGAUUUACCUCGGGUGUUUUGUGGA